AUGACGAUCGAGCGCGCGAGCGAGGCGAGGUACGAUUUCGGGGCGAGGCGGUUGGAGGAGGUGACGACGCCGACGCCGAGCGACAUCGAAAUCGCGAGCGCGGCGAAGGCGCUGCCGAUCAGGGAGAUCGCGGAGAAGAUGUGCGGAUUGACGGAGGAUGAUUACGAGAUGUACGGACGGUAUAAGGCGAAACUGUCGGAAAAGCUGAGCUCGACGCUGGGAGGGCGCGAGGGCGAGGGCGACGGGCCGACGUGCGACGCGACGGCGGGGCACGGGUAUUACGUCGUGACGGCGGGGAUCACGCCGACGCCGUUGGGAGAGGGGAAGUCCACGACGACGAUCGGGUUGGUGCAGGCGAUGCAGGCGCACACGAACGCGCGGGCGGUGGCGUGCAUUCGACAACCGUCCAUGGGACCGACGUUCGGCAUCAAGGGGGGGGCCGCGGGCGGGGGGUACUCGCAGGUGAUUCCUAUGGAGGAGAUGAACUUGCACUUGACCGGGGACAUUCACGCCAUCGGCGUCGCGAAUAACUUGCUCGCCGCGGCGGUGGACGCGCGCGUGUUCCACGAAUCCACGCAAAGCGAUGAGGCGCUGUGGAAGCGCUUGAUGCCGCAAGCCAAGGAUGGUUCUCGCAAGUUCUCAGCCAUCAUGUUCAAGCGCUUGAAGAAGCUUGGAAUCGACAAAACCAAUCCCGAUGACUUGACGGAAGAAGAGCGAAACAAAUUCGUGCGUUUGGACAUCGACCCCGAGCGCAUCACGUGGAGACGCGUCGUCGACAUGAACGACCGCUUUUUGCGCGAAAUCACCGUCGGCGAAUCGCCGACGGAGAAGGGCAAGACUCGCAAGACUGGUUUCGACAUCACCGUCGCCUCGGAAAUCAUGGCGGUUUUGGCGAUGACGACUUCGCUCGCGGACAUGGAAAACCGUCUCGGAAACAUGGUCGUCGGCCCCGCGCGCGACGGCACCCCGGUGACGUGCGACGAUUUGGGCGUCACCGGCGCGUUGAUGGCUCUCAUGCGCGACGCCAUCAAGCCGACGUUGAUGCAGACUCUCGAAGCGACGCCCGUGCUCGUGCACGCCGGCCCAUUCGCUAACAUCGCGAGCGGUAACUCGUCCAUCAUUGCCGAUCAAAUCGGUCUCUCCAUGGUCGGUAAGGGUGGCUUCGUCGUCACCGAAGCCGGCUUCGGCGCCGACAUCGGCCUCGAAAAGUUUGUCAACUUGAAGUGCCGCAAGUCUGGUCUGAAGCCGAACUGCGCCGUCAUCGUCGCCACCGUGCGCGCGUUGAAGUGCCACGGCGGUGGUCCGCCCGUGACCGCGGGUAAGCCCCUCGAUCACUCGUACACGACUGAAAACGUCGACAUGGUGCGCGAGGGCAUGUGCAACUUGGUCCGCCACAUCGAAAACACCAAGUCUUUCGGUAUCCCGGUCGUCGUCGCCAUCAACGCGUUCCCGACCGACACCGAAGCGGAACACGCGGUGAUUCGUGAAAUCUCUCUCGCCGCGGGCGCGGAAGACGCCGUUCUCUGCACCCAUCACGCGCACGGGGGCAAGGGCGCCGUCGCGCUCGCCAACGCCGUCAAGGCGGCGUGCGAGGCGAACGAAGACUGCAAGGACUUCAAGUUUGGAUACGAAUCUUCUCUCGACAUCAAGAGUAAGAUUGAAACCGUGGCGAAGAACAUCUACAAGGCUGACGGUGUUGAGUUCUCUGAACGAGCCGAAGAAAAGAUCAAGCUCUUCACCGAGCAAGGCUUCGGCGAUUUGCCGAUUUGCAUGGCCAAGACGCAGUACUCCUUCUCUCACGACCAAUCGUUGAAGGGUGCGCCGAGCGGGUUCACGUUGCCCAUCGGCGACGUCCGCUUGAGCGCGGGUGCUGGUUUCCUCGUCCCGCUCGUCGGCGCGUUCCCGACGAUUCCGGGCUUGCCCACGCGACCGGCGUACUACGAAAUCUCUGUGGACACCGAGAACGACCAAAUUCUCGGCUUGAGUUAGACGGCGAUGUGUGCGAUAAAAUAACAUUAAUUUCUUGAUUCAUAUUCCGAAU